GAUCCAGGCAAUUACCUCCUGAGAAAACACUGAAAUUAGGACGUACAUGUUAUCCACUCUAAAAUAAGGAUCAUCGCCGACUCUUGCCACUUAAAAUCUACACAACCAUGGGGAUAGUUACCCUCAUUACAUUUGUUUCUAUUUCGAUGUUUGCACAUGCGCAGGAAGUUCCCAUUCCUCCGCGCACCCUGGGGUAUGUAUACGCCUAUGGAACAAGAACAAACCUCACUGCUGUGACGAUCGACGCCUUUUUUGACCCGUUGUGUCCUGACAGCAAACAGGCUUUUCCUACGCUGCUACAGGUGGCUAAUCACUACGGACCGGAUGUUCUUACGCUCCGUCUUCAUAUGUUCCCAUUGCCCUAUCACAGGAACUCAUUUCUCGUAUCAAUGGGAACAGAGGUAAUCAACCAGAUGUCAACUUCUACCAAUGGUGUGUAUGACUGGGCAAAGCGUGUGUAUGACAACAUCUACUCACUCUCAAACGCGGCAACACACACGCGAUCAGAGGCGGAUGUUACCAACAUGCUUGGGGAUAUAGCCGCCCAGAUGGGUCUACAGAAAGCAACGUUUCUUCAGAAGAUAGCUGAUCCAUGGGUAGACAUGCACGUCCGUAUGGACUGGAAAUACGCCUGCACGCGUGGAGUGUCGGGCACACCCCUGUAUGCCAUCAAUAACGUCGUGAAGCUCAUUGACAAAGCUUGGUCCUUGCAUGAUUGGAUGAAAAUCAUAGAUCCGCUCGUCCAUAAUUCUUAUAUUUUCCAUGUUCCGGUGUGAAAAAACAUCCUCUAAAGUGAUUCCACAAAAUGAACAAAGGACUCAGACAUGUGAUGUGGAAUUCUUUAUUCCAUUGAUUAUGUAAUAAAAACAGCAUAAAUGUUAAAAA